AUGAAAUUCGCAUUAGCACUGUUAGCCCUCGUGGCUACAGCCUCCGCCUAUGAGAUUCCCAAUUUCGGCAGAGGUGAACUCCGUCAUGAUAUCCAAGAUUUCUUGGAUCUCGUACCUGUUGAAAAAGUAAUCGAAAUCACUAUUCAAUACUACGUCGAAGAUAAAGAAUUCCAGGAUAUGGUCAAAUACUUCGAAUCUGAAGGAUUUAAGCAGCUGGUCAAAGACGUAGAAGCUCUGCCUGAAAUUAAAAUUUUGAUGGAUUACAUCCAUAAUGCCGGUAUUGACAUUUACAAGAUAGUGAACAAAAUAAACUCCGCUCUCAAGCUCCCCCCACUUACCCCGCCCUCCUACAGCAUCGGCACAUACAUUACCGGUGGAAUUAAGGGAUUUAUUCAAGACAUUCUGGACGUUUUGCCACGACAACAGUUUAAGGAUUUGUACGAGGAGAAACUGAAGACCUCUAAGGCAUUCGCCGAUUUCAUCGCGCAAUUGAAAUCCGAAAAUUUCCAGCACAUUGUCAACAAACUUUACGUUCACCCUAAAUUCCAAGAGCUCUUGACACACGCUAGAAAUGCCGGCGUUGAUCUCGUAAAACUCAAGGAUUUGUUUGAGGUUCUCUGGGGCAUUAAAGUUCCUGCUUACUAAUUAUCAGGUGACCAUCAACGCUACAAUGAAAAGUGAUUUGUCUCUUGUCACAAUUAUGUCAAUAAUAUUUUCAAAAUUACCAUCUCAUAAACUUUAAAGAUUAUCCGGUUACAUAAUGUUAUGUGCUUCACUUGUGCAGAGAGUAAUAUAUCAUAUAAAUAAAAAUCCUUCUAUUCCUUGUAAUUUUUCUUGAUUUACCGUAUGAUUGAAGAAUGGCUCGGACAUAAUUCAAAUAACUCGACCAUUCAUACCGCGCGAUGUAUUUUUUCACGUCACUCCAAAUCGUUCUCGCCCGAUCAAACCAAGCCAAGAUAAGCGAGAUUAUGCUCAAGCAACCGACCUGCCAAACUCGUUUUCGCGUGAUCACGACGGCGUAACGUCGUGAAUGGAAGUAAGAUUGGGACGAGUCCUUCUCUCCCUCUCUUGCGCAAUUAUCCACCUUUUGCUCUUGCCCAAUAUAAUAUUAGAAAAAAAAUAUCUUUCCUUUUUCAAAAUAAAGAUUACG